AACAGCUUGUCUGGUAUAAAACCCCAGCAGGAGAAGAGAAAACUGUCAGAAAUACGGCAGAAGAACCAGCAACAUUCAGGAUGUCUUCUGAUAAGGACAAGUUACCCCCUCGGCCAGAACUUUUUGAUUUCCACGGGGUCUCAAUGACCCACUACUUCACAGACAACUGGGAGAACAUUCAAAACUUUCAGGCCAGGCCGGAUGAUAUACUUAUUGCAACAUACCCCAAAGCAGGAACCACCUGGGUCUCCUACAUCCUUGACCUGCUGUAUUUUGGUCAGACAGAGCGCCAGACCUCCAUCCCAAUAUUUGAAAGAGUGCCUUUCUUGGAGAUCGUCAUCCCAGAUAUUGGAAAAGACCUGGCGGACAAGCUCCCCACCUCUCCUCGACUCAUUAAAACUCACUUUCCAGUCCAGUUUGUGCCAAAGUCCUUUUGGGAGCAAAACUGCAGGGUCAUCUACGUGGGCCGCAAUGCCAAAGACAACAUGGUGUCUUAUUUCCACUUUGAUCGCAUGAACAUGGUUCAGCCGGCGCCUGGAGACUGGAGCGACUACAUCCACAGAUUCAUGGAGGGAAAACUGGCGUUUGGAUCCUGGUACGACCAUGUGAACGACUGGUGGAAGAAGAAACAGACUUAUCCGAAGAUCCAUUACAUGCUCUUUGAAGAUAUGGUCGAGGACACUGGACGGGAAAUAGACAAACUCUGCAGCUUUCUUGGUUUGUCUCGUUCGGACGAGGACAAGAAAAGAGUUACGACUGGAGUGCAUUUUGAUAACAUGAAAAAGGACGACAUGGCCAACUACUCUACCAACGCAGUUAUGGAUUUCAAAAUUUCUCCUUUCAUGAGAAAAGGAAAGGUCGGUGACUGGAAGAACCAUUUUACUGUGGCCCAGAGUGAAAAGUUUGAUGAAGACUACAAGAAAAAGAUGACGGACCUCACUCUUCAGUUUCGCACUGAAAUUUGAUCAAGAAUGACUGUGUAUAUGUUCAGUUCUGACUGGAAUGGGGCAUUUCUCUGAGAAAAUCAAGUUGCCUUAAUGGUAUAUUAAAAGUCUGGAAUGUAUCUUCUUGUUAUUUAUGUCUGAAUUAAUGCUGAAAACUAUACAUUAUGAUCGGCUGGUCUCAUCCAGCAGUCGUAGCUGUACCAACAAAAAUAAUGCAGCGUAACUCGUACAUAUCCCACAAAAACAUUUUGUAUGUUAUUCACGUAAUCAUGUACAAGGAAGUAGAAAGGUAACAAAAGGCAAUUCAGAGCGGGCGGGAGGGAAGGUGGACAAGUUUGACCAAGGAGACCGCUAUUCGUUCCCAAAGGGAAACGAGAGGCUAGUUUUGAUUUGUUUGUCACGUAACUUGCGUACUUCAGUUGUAGUUUUGUUGCCCAAAUCUAACUAGGAGUUUUAUGAUCUUUACCUUAACCUAACCAAGCUGUUUUUUUUGCCUAAACCUGACCAAGUAUUUCACGAUAUUUACCUAAACCAAAGCAAAUAUUUCAUGAUAUUUACAUAAACCUCACCAAGUAAUUCACAAUAUUUUCCUUAACCUAACCAAGUAGUUUUGUUGCCUUAACCUACCUAAGUUGUAUCCUGUGAAGACGGAAGUUUAUUUGUAAAAGACUGUGUGCUUGUAAGAAGAAUAAAUUGACACAUUUUGAUUGCUUUUGUAGGAUAUCAUACAAACUGUUGACCGAAAUGGAAUGUCAGGUCAUGUCUGAAGGGGAAUAUUUAUUUCAAAAGAAGAGAAUGUGUGUGUAAACUAGACAAUGAUGUUGUGAACCAAUCACCAAAGGUUAAGAAGAGGCAUAGUAUCAUGUUAACCAUAUUACCCACACAUAUGUUGUAUGUGUGAAAAGUUUAUGUGUAAU